UUUAAAUUAGUUGGUUAAUCGUAACCAUAUAGUCGGUUCUCGGUUAUUUUGUCGGUUAACCGGAUAACAGUUAACCAAGUGAUUCAACGUGAUUAUACCAAACACUAUUCAAUAACCUGGCCGGUUGGGUUGCCGGGUUAAGUGGGUUGGUUAGCCAUUUUUUUAUUAUUAUUUACACUGACGUGUCUUGCUGACGGGGAGAUCUAGGACGAAAUUUUGGACGGAAUUGGAAGGAUUUACUAUUUUGUUAUUCAUUCAAACUUUUGUUACCGAAACGUACUAAACUAAAGGAUUGUGACCGUUUUAUACAAAGUGAAUAAUUUUGUGACGAUUUAUGAUAACUACCCGGAUUAUACUAUAUAGUGAGAGACACCUAUCUCUUUGGGUUUGCCUAGUGUCUACUUUCCUGCUCGUUAGGAAACACGUGUAGUGUGUUGACUAUUUCACAUUUCUUCGGUGGCCAAUUAUGAAAUUUUCCAUUGUAUGAUUCGGUGAUAACGCCGCAUAUGGCCAACCGUUACUCUAUGUUCUCCAGCUAGCCCACCGUGUUACAUUACACCACCACCCAACCAAAAGUUAUCGUCUAGAAGAACCUCCACCCAGCCAAAAGUACAACUACUACAAUUUGAGGUCGUAUUAUGGGCCAACCGUGGAUUACAUUGGGCUGGGCCGAUCUCCGCUACUAUGGGCGCAUGGCCCAUCCGGUCAACGUGGGCGAAAUAAACAGUGUCAGCGGAAGAAGAAGAAAUGGACUGGGGUCAAAUAUCGGUGAUUGGGAAUUGAGGACGACGCCAUCUGUCCAUCAUUCCCACGCUCCCCAAUACUUAUUCUGUGCCGACAGCGCUCUCCCCCCACGAUCCAAAUCGAUUGCUUGCUUGUUUAUCAAAUCAGCCGGCCAAGCAGACCAAACCGGAUCCCAAAUCUAACCCAUAACCCAAACCAAAUCAUGCUACUCAAUCUGCCCGCCUACUCCCAGUGGCCAAUAGUUUCGCUUGCAAGCUACGGUUGUUCACAAGGUUGAGAGAAAUGAGAGAAAGGAGAGAAAGGAGAAAAAUGGAUCGAAAGCCUGAGCCUGAGGUUCAAAUGUCUGCGUCUGUCAUCUUCAUCAACCAAUCCACUUCCCAAAUAAAUGCACCAUGCCAUUUCUUCGUUGAUACGACGAGCUUAAAUUAGUAACAAAAAGCGACACAAUUUAUUUCUACCAGCUCACAUCUCAGCCGUAUAAAUCAAAUCCAACGGUGUGUAAACCACGGCCAUUUCAUGAAAUAAAUAUUUUAAACAAAAAGGAAAAUAAUUAAAUUCGGUUGCCCUCUUCUGAUAAUCAUAAUCCGCAGCAUCAACUAACUGCAAGCUCUCUACUCGUUUGCUCUCUCUCUCUCUCUCUCUCGCCUCUCGGUCUCUCCCGCUUCGCUCGGCCGACUCCGGUCUCUUCCGUUCCGUAGAAAUUUUCGGAUUUCCUUCUUCCGGUCUCCUCGAUUUCCCGCUCCCGUUGCUGUGCAUUUCGCGGUUGCCAGCUGAGCUCGCCGCCGGCGGUUUCGUUUCGGGGCAAAUCUAGCACUUCUUCGCCGGUCCGAUUUGCAGUGCGAGGAGUAGUCUGAUUGCUAUCGGAUCUGCGAGACGCACUUCGAUACGCUCCGGACUGAGAUGCGCGUUGAUUAGCGAGUGAGAUCGCUACCAAUUGCGCUUCGAAGCAGCCGUACUCAUGGCGAUCUCUAGUCCUAUCACUCCCGGCCAGGUCUCCUUUUUCCUUGGAAUCAUUCCUGUGUUCGCUGCGUAUAUCUACUCAGAGUUUCUGGAGUACAAGAGAAAGAGAGUAACCAAAGCGCACUCGGAUAUCAGUUUAGUGGAAGUGGGGCUCGAUGUGGUCAAAGACGAUGAUAAAGCUGUUCUGUUGGAAGGAGGGGGCCUUCAAUCCGUCUCUCCUGGGGCUCGUAACUUGCAUUCUUCAUCUCCGAUAUUCAGGUUCCUUUUGAUGGAUGAGCAGUAUUUGUUGGAUAAUCGAUUGAAUCUUAGAGCAAUAUCCGAGUUUGGUUUCCUUUUGGUGUACUUUUACCUUUGCGACCGCACUGAUGUCUUUGGCUCUUCAACAAAGACCUACAACCGGGAUCUUUUCUUGUUCCUCUACUUCAUUCUCAUCAUUGUUUCAGCCAUUACUUCUUUCACGAUACACCAUGAUAAGUCACCGUUCUCUGGAAAACCCAUUCUUUACUUGAACAGACAUCAAACCGAGGAGUGGAAAGGCUGGAUGCAGGUUCUAUUUCUGAUGUACCAUUACUUUGCUGCAACGGAGCUGUAUAAUGCAAUCCGAGUGUUUAUUGCUGCAUAUGUCUGGAUGACUGGAUUCGGGAACUUCUCCUAUUACUACGUGCGCAAGGAUUUUAGUCUUGCCAGAUUUGCACAGAUGAUGUGGCGGCUUAAUUUCUUGGUCAUAUUCUGCUGCAUUAUUCUCAAUAACAGUUACAUGCUAUACUACAUUUGCCCAAUGCACACUCUCUUCACUCUUAUGGUGUACGGGGCCCUCGGUAUUCUGCACAAGUACAACGAAAUCGGAUUAGUCAUUGGAGCAAAGAUCAUUGCAUGCUUCUUGGUCGUGAUUUUCAUAUGGGAAAUUCCUGGAAUAUUUGAGAUCCUCUGGGGCCCAUUCACUAUAUUUCUUGGUUACACUGAUCCUGCAAAACCUAAUUUACCACUCUUGCAUGAGUGGCAUUUCCGCUCUGGGCUUGAUCGUUAUAUCUGGAUAAUUGGAAUGAUUUAUGCAUACUAUCAUCCGACAGUAGAAAGGUGGAUGGAGAAGCUGGAAGAAAUGGAAAUGAAACGUAGAAUAUCAAUAAAAGUUGCUGUGUCUUCAAUUGCAUUAACGGUGGGAUAUCUGUGGCUUGAGUAUGUAUAUAAGUUGGACAAGAUUACAUACAACAAAUUCCAUCCUUACACCUCAUGGAUACCAAUAACUGUAUACAUUGUUCUGAGGAAUGUCACCCAGUACUUCCGGAACUUCAGCCUGACCCUUUUUGCAUGGCUUGGAAAAGUCACCCUGGAGACUUACAUUUCUCAGUUCCAUAUCUGGUUGAGAUCAAGCACCCCAGAUGCUCAACCAAAAUUACUGCUAUCUCUGAUCCCAGACUAUCCGCUGCUUAACUUCAUGCUUACUAGUGUGAUAUAUGUUGCGGUUUCAUACAGACUCUUUGAGCUGACAAAUACAUUGAAGAUUGCUUUUGUGCCCAGCAAAGACAAUAAGCGGCUGGUGCACAACAUUAUAACUGCCGCAGUUCUUUCCACUGCUCUGUACUCGCUGGGCUUUAUAUUUCUGAGAGUUCCCCAGUUAAUGGUUUAAACUUAACGGGCCACCACGCAGAGUUCCAAAUAGGAACAUUAUAUGCUUGUUCUCGCAUCUUUGCUUCUUGUGCAAAGAAUCUGAGCUGCUAAGAAGGAAGGAAUUGUGCCGCUCUUGACUGCUGAGCCAGUAUUUUGGUUUGAAGAUUUUCUACCUUUGUAUAGGUAACAAGCAAGGUGAGUAUAUGAUCUCCAAAGAGAAGAGGUCCCCCUGUAUUUUGCCCCCUUUCCUUCUCGGGUCGAUUAAGUGUAGCUGUGAUAGUACUCCAAAAUAUACUUUGUUGGGUUGAGCUAUAAGAAUCAGAGUCUGUAUGUCAUACAAAGUAUGCAUUCGCGUUAUUCAUUCUUUCGUUCAUCGCAAUCCACUAGUGGUAUCAUUGCCCGAAUUCGUGUUUCGUACAACGUCCUAGCUAGAUUUAAACUUAAACCGAGGAAAUACAAUUUUCUUUAUCUGAUGUUCUUGUCUGAAUAAAGAUGAGUUAUCAGCAAUAAUCCUAUCUAAUGGUGUAUGGAUCCUAGGUUCAGGUCAACCGUUCCCUUGAUACGUUACUACUCUACUGGGAAAGAAACUAACAUACCCAAUGAUAAAUUCGCACAUACUUCUUAACUAACCAUUUCCCUAGCCCAAUCUGCCACCUCGAGAUACUUCGGAAUAAAGAAAAGGGAAAGAAGAGGAAAGCCUCAAGAAUCAUGGAAAACAUUUCAUCAGCCAGAAUGCAACAACUCCGAUUCCCCCAGUUUUAUCAAAUAAAAGCUACCAAACUAAGACGAGCAAAACCAAAGUGAUUCCCACUGUGGUAUUUUGCACUCUGGUACAGGGUCCUUGUAACCAUCAGAGAACUCCGCCUGCUACUGAAUAUCCAUCCAUCCAUCCAUCCAUCCAUCCUUCCGCGCUUAAGAUGGGAUGAAAUGUACUCCGCGAUCAGAAUAUGUGCACAAUGUCGUAUGCAAAUCUGUUAUCACGUCAAGGAACAAUACAUAUCUACCUUGCUAAUGUGCUGCUUCCCAACAAUUGUAAAUAUGGCAUGGCAGAGAGGUCUAUAUCUGGUCGCCAACAGUUUGAAUGUCGAACUGUUGCUGUAGAGGAUCUUACUCAGUUAACUAGCAUACAUCGGAUUUGCCCAUGAUUUAUAUUUUAAUUCUCACGUUGGGUUUAACUAGCAUGCCAGACCUAUCAUGUAAUGAAAGAUGACGUGACAA